AUGGCAUUCCUGUCCAACGUCAUCCUCGUCCUCUUUAUUGUCACCGUGACCGUAGUUCUACUCCCACAGCUUGUCGGGAAUGUACUCGGCCUGGUAUUUCGAAGCGUGGGAUGGCUGAUCCGUCGCAGAACCAAAUCUCGACGCGAAUAUGUGAUCGCGCGAGCGAGACUUGAGGAAGAGGAAGUGAAUCCCCCGCAAACAAAGCCUUCAACAAAUUCCCUGGCCAGAAGUCAAGCGGACGAUGAGGACUGGGAGAAGAUCGAUGGCUAUGCUGGAGUCAGGACUGCGAGCAGCAGUGAUAGUGGGGCAAGUUCAAAGAAAGGGGAUCUGAAAUCAGAUGACUGGGAUGGAAUCAUUGGGUUCUUCCACCCGUUUUGUAAUGCCGGCGGAGGUGGAGAACGAGUACUCUGGGAGGCAGUGCGUGCGACACAAAGGCGCUGGCCGAAAGCGAUUUGCGCCAUCUACACCGGCGACCAUGAAGCCAAUAAGGCCACUAUGUUGGAGAACGUCAAAACCCGCUUCAACAUUCACCUACAUUCCCCGACUGUUGUCCUACUCUACUUGACCACGCGGAAAUACGUUGUUGCCAGCUCAUACCCGCAAAUGACGCUGCUAGGCCAGUCUCUGGGAUCUUUGGUAGUCGCAUAUGAUGCCUUUACGCUCUUAGUCCCGGAUGUCUUCAUUGAUACAAUGGGGUACGCAUUUACCUUGGCACUGUGCAAGUGGCUCUUCCCCACCGUACCAACUGGUGCCUACGUUCACUACCCGACCAUCUCUACCGACAUGCUCGCUUCUCUCGACGAUCAGACCGGAGUGCAAGGUAUCAACUCCGGUGCCGGGAAGGGGUUAAAGGGUACUCUCAAGCGACGAUACUGGCAACUCUUUGCCAAGCUCUACGGCUGGGUCGGUCGCCAAGUCGACGUAGUGGUGUGCAAUUCUUCCUGGACAGCAGCCCAUAUUAGGUCUCUAUGGGGCACAGGCAAGAGCAAAAACGCCACUGAAGAGGGCACACCUUCGUCACCGGCAGUAGUAUUCCCACCAACCGCCGUGUCGGAACUCCAAUCCACUAUCCAAGUGGAUGCAGAGAGUGAAAUAAAUCGGCAACCAGUCAUCCUCUACAUUGCCCAGUUCCGCCCUGAAAAGAACCACCCAUUGGUCCUACGCUCAUUCGCCCGCUUCCUACAAGAACGAGCCAAGAACCCAGCCUCUGAAAACUCCCCAAAUCCAAAGCUCAUACUCAUCGGUUCCGUCCGCCACGCCAGUCCAGACGAAACCCACAUCUACAACCUCCGCCUCCUAGCCCACGAGCUCCACAUCCGCGAUCAAAUAACCUUCAUCUGCGACGCUAGCUGGCCAACCGUUCUAUCCCACCUCGGCACAGCCUCAGUCGGCGUGAACGCGAUGUGGAACGAGCACUUUGGCAUCUGCGUCGUGGAAUACCAAGCAGCGGGUCUGAUCUGCGUUACACACGACUCAGGUGGUCCCCGCGAAGACAUCGUCAUCGACCUCGGCGAUGGCGCGACUGGAUUCCACGCUGAGACGGAGGAGCAAUUCGCCGCUGCGUAUGAGGCGGCGCUUGCUCUUCCUGAGGCUGAGAAGGUAGCUAUGCGCCAGCGGGCUCGUAGAUCGGCUCUCAGAUUCACGGAGGAGGAGUUCUCGCGUAAGUGGUUGGCUCAGUUGCAGAAGUUAGUUUCGGCUACUUAUUAG